CCAGGACAGCUCGGGCUACGCGAGCGUGCGCGGCCAAGGAGACCCGAGGGCAGCAGCAGCACGCCGGUGCCUCUGAAAGGCGCGAUCGCUCGAGUGGGGCUGCACUGCCACUCUUCCGAAGUUGAGCCUCAGUGACCCUGUGGCUGAAGUUAGCGACGGCACGCCGAGCAACCGGAGCGGUGGCCGCAGUGAGACCUAGGCGUCUUCCAGCAGUCGUGGCUUGAAAAGCAGACCACAAAGGAAAAGAAGAACCCUGCUCAGGAGGCUCGAGGCCCCAGCCGGCGAGCCAUCGUGGUUAACCUUCUUUGUGUGGCUCCUGGAGUUCUUGAUCUCAGCCGGACACCCGGGCCUGGGUUCAAAGCGGCCGUCCGGCUCUGCCCGCUCCCCCGGUAGUUCUCGAACCUCGGUUUUGCUACUUGGCCCCGACUCGCCGCAGCAGGAUGAUCGCCUCACACAUGAUCGCCUGCUUAUUCACGGAGCUCAACCAAAACCAAGUGCAGAAGGUUGACCAGUAUCUCUACCACAUGCGUCUCUCAGAUGAGACCCUUCUGGAGAUUUCUAGGCGGUUCCGGAAGGAAAUGGAGAAAGGACUUGGAGCCACCACGCACCCCACUGCAGCUGUGAAAAUGCUGCCCACAUUCGUGAGGUCCACUCCGGAUGGGACAGAGCAUGGAGAGUUCCUGGCUCUGGACCUUGGAGGAACCAACUUCCGUGUGCUCCGAGUAAGGGUGACAGACAAUGGCCUCCAGAGGGUGGAGAUGGAGAACCAGAUCUACGCCAUCCCUGAGGACAUCAUGCGGGGCAGCGGAACCCAGCUGUUUGACCACAUUGCUGAAUGCCUGGCCAACUUCAUGGACAAGCUACAGAUCAAAGAGAAGAAGCUUCCACUGGGUUUCACGUUCUCGUUCCCCUGCCACCAGACCAAACUAGAUGAGAGUUUCUUGGUCUCAUGGACCAAGGGGUUCAAGUCGAGUGGAGUGGAAGGCAGAGAUGUGGUGGAUCUGAUCCGGAAGGCCAUCCGACGCAGAGGGGACUUUGACAUCGACAUUGUGGCUGUGGUGAAUGACACAGUGGGGACCAUGAUGACCUGUGGUUAUGAUGAUCAGAACUGUGAGAUUGGCCUCAUCGUGGGCACUGGCAGCAACGCCUGCUACAUGGAGGAGAUGCGGCACAUCGACAUGGUGGAGGGCGACGAGGGGCGGAUGUGCGUCAACAUGGAGUGGGGAGCGUUUGGUGAUGACGGUGCGCUCAAUGACAUCCGCACCGAGUUCGACCGGGAGAUCGACAUGGGCUCCCUGAACCCUGGGAAGCAGCUGUUCGAGAAGAUGAUCAGCGGCAUGUACAUGGGCGAGCUGGUCAGGCUCAUCCUGGUGAAGAUGGCCAAGGAAGAGCUGUUGUUCCAAGGGAAGCUCAGCCCGGAACUCCUUACCACUGGCUCCUUCGAGACCAAAGAUGUCUCGGACAUUGAAGAGGAGAAGGACGGACUCCAAAAGGCCUACAAGAUCCUGGUACGUCUGGGUUUGAAUCCGCUGCAGGAGGACUGUGUGGCCACACACCGAAUCUGCCAGAUAGUGUCCACACGCUCGGCCAGCCUGUGUGCGGCCACCCUGGCCGCUGUGCUGUGGCGGAUCAAGGAGAACAAGGGCGAGGAGCGACUUCGCUCCACCAUUGGCGUCGAUGGCUCGGUCUACAAGAAGCAUCCCCAUUUUGCCAAGCGUCUCCACAAGGCUGUGAGGAGGCUGGUGCCCGACUGUGACGUCCGCUUCCUGCGCUCCGAGGACGGCAGCGGCAAGGGGGCGGCUAUGGUGACAGCGGUGGCUUACCGCCUGGCUGACCAGCACCGAGCCCGUCAGAAGACCCUGGAGCCUCUGAAGCUGAGCCGUGAGCAGCUGCUGGAGGUCAAGAGGAGGAUGAAGGUGGAGAUGGAGCAAGGUCUGAGCAAGGCGACACACGCUGUCGCCCCUGUGAAGAUGCUGCCCACCUAUGUGUGUGCCACGCCAGAUGGUUCAGAGAAAGGAGACUUCUUGGCCUUGGAUCUCGGAGGAACAAAUUUCCGGGUCCUGCUGGUGCGCGUGCGAAAUGGCAAACGGAGGGGCGUGGAAAUGCAUAACAAAAUCUACUCCAUCCCUCAGGAGGUCAUGCACGGCACUGGGGAAGAGCUCUUUGAUCACAUUGUGCAGUGCAUCGCAGACUUCCUUGAGUACAUGGGCAUGAAGGGCGUGUCCCUGCCGCUGGGUUUCACCUUCUCCUUCCCCUGCCAGCAGAACAGCCUGGACCAGAGCAUCCUCCUCAAGUGGACAAAAGGCUUCAAGGCUUCUGGCUGUGAGGGCGAGGAUGUGGUCACCUUGCUGAAGGAAGCUAUUCACCGGCGAGAGGAGUUUGACCUGGAUGUGGUUGCCGUGGUGAAUGACACAGUGGGGACGAUGAUGACGUGUGGCUAUGAAGACCCUCACUGUGAAGUCGGCCUCAUCGUUGGCACUGGAAGCAAUGCCUGCUACAUGGAGGAGAUGCGCAACGUGGAGCUGGUGGACGGAGAGGAGGGACGGAUGUGCGUCAACAUGGAGUGGGGAGCCUUUGGGGACAACGGCUGCCUAGAUGACCUGCGCACAGAGUUCGAUGUCGCUGUGGACGAGCUCUCUCUCAACCCUGGCAAACAGAGGUUCGAGAAGAUGAUCAGUGGCAUGUACUUGGGCGAGAUCGUGCGCAACAUUCUCAUCGACUUCACUAAGCGAGGACUGCUCUUCCGUGGCCGCAUCUCGGAGCGCCUCAAGACAAGGGGAAUCUUUGAAACUAAAUUCCUGUCUCAGAUUGAAAGCGACUGCCUGGCCCUGCUGCAGGUCCGUGCCAUCCUGCGCCACCUGGGGCUGGAGAGCACGUGCGACGACAGCAUCAUCGUGAAGGAGGUGUGCACUGUGGUGGCCCGGCGCGCAGCUCAGCUCUGUGGCGCGGGCAUGGCUGCUGUGGUGGACAAGAUACGAGAGAACCGCGGGCUGGACAGCCUCAGGGUGACCGUGGGUGUGGACGGGACGCUCUAUAAGCUCCACCCUCACUUUGCCAAAGUCAUGCAUGAGACGGUGAAAGAUCUGGCUCCAAAAUGUGACGUGUCCUUCCUAGAAUCAGAGGAUGGCAGCGGGAAGGGGGCAGCUCUCAUCACUGCUGUGGCCUGCCGCAUCCGGGAGGCUGGGCAGAGAUAGAACCUUGGGGACCAGAUGGGACUUCUCUGCUUCCCCACUUGCCUGUUUUAAAUUAUAAGGAGACGGACUCCUUGGCAGAGAGGACCCUGUGGGACUGGGAUUUUUGUCUCUGUAUAGUCACUGUAGAGUUUGGCGCCCAAUCCUUGGCCUUCCUGCAAAUCAGAAGUAAGGAGUUGCUCCUAGCUGCUCCUGCUGGUUGCCUCUGGGGAUCGCCCCUCCCCCAUUCUCCUUGCUAUAUAAGCCUAUGGGAUGGGGACAGUCUUGAAAAAUGGUUGCCUCAUCUUGGAGCUGAAUGUGACAUUCGUAGGUCGAGAACAUCUUGAAAUGUUGGUGCUUCUCAUGGAGGCAGACACUGGGAGGGAGAAGGAGUGGAGGUAGAGAUACCUCCCCUGCACGGUCACAUGGCUAGCCCCUCAUCAACUCAACCAUAAGUUCAAGAACAACCUUCCGGUUCUAACACUUGCUGUCCUGGAAUCCAAACCAAAGCCAAGAGUUGACACAUCCUCCAAGUGUUUGUGGCUUUACCUCACGUGUCUGAACGUGUCAUCAUGAGCAACAGACCUUGGGGGUAGCGGUGGCUUUUGGUAGCUUUCAAUUUUUUUUUUCUUUUCUCCUUCAGAAGUAGAGACACUGUUUUUUGUUUUUUAAUUUAUGUUUGAAAUUUAUUUAGUUUGUGAAGCAGGUCCUCUCCUUCAUCCUUUAAUGGUUAAUUUUGUAAGUAAUGUAUUUAUAUGUUCCUUUGUUCUGUAUAUAGCUGGCCAAGGUCUCUGACUUGGCCUUCUCAGUAGAUCAGUGUAGUUCAGGAUGUGAGGUGGAGAUACUGACUGGCUCCUGGAAAUACCUCAUUCACCUGUGAGAAGAGGUGAACUGUGUGCAUGAAUGGCAGAGGGCCAGCUCCCAGCUUCUCCUUCGUCUGCAGUCUGAGAAAUGUAUGCAAGGCAGGGCUGGAGACUGAGGCUGGUCCAUUGGAGGGAAGAAACCGCAGCAGACCAUCGCUCUGGCCAGACGCUUUCCUGAGUGCUGUCACCUGGGAUAUUAGCCAAAGAAAACCAAAGGACUUGUUUCCAGCACUCACUGCUUAGAAGACUUGAUUUAUAGGUCAGUCAGUGAAACAGUUUGACAAGUUAAAGGAAGCCACCAAAAAAAUGUUUUUAAAGAUGUAUCUGAUUGUCGAAACAAACCAAAUGAAGCAAUGAAAGAACCCAGCCAAACCUCAGGGACGUUGUGGGGUGUUUGUACCUUUGCCCUCUUAGCAGAUUCCACCCCGGGUUUGUCUUGUGUUUUACAAGAAGCGAUGUGUGUCUGUCUGCUUCUCUGGACUGAGCUGUGUCGAGCUGCUGACUCACUUUUUUUUUUUAAUACAUGCUAUUUAUUUCAGACUGUUGGAGAAACAGGCGGACAUGAAUGUCUGUCCUCUGCUGUAGCGUGGUUCACUCUGAAUCCAAAAGUUCACGUCUCCCUUAAAAGUUCACGUCUAUUAAAGUGACCAACAAUCCACCUGCACGUGACAUAAUAGGGAGGGAAUGGCCUUGUAACACUUCGAAAUAGGGUGCAGGGUCAAAACAGGAAGAGCAAGAGAAAACUCCCCGGUACGUCCAAGUUAUGCACCACUUUCCAAACUUGCGCUGUGCAGGGGCCUGGUUACACCUGAACAAGGUGGAGUACAAAGAAAGGAAAACUGCCAGGUCCUCCUAGGAUGCCCGGAGCAAAUGUCAGACCUUGAUUUGUCCCCGGCGGGCACUGCCUAUCUGGUGUAGCCUGCAGUUACUGAUUCACACCAUUGACAGCCAAAGCCACAUACAGGUGUGUGAACCGCUAGAGGAAAGCCACGAGUGCAGCUGGAUUUUGACUAAGGUUUUGAAUCUUAAAGUUUAAACUUUAAAAAUCAGACACCAUCUACGAAAGGACACCUUUUUUAAUGGAGAUGUGUGUGUGUGACUAGCCUUUAAGGAAGUGCUGGCUUUCCAUCCAGAGCAUGAGGCAGUGUGCUGUGUUCGUAACUUAGGCUGACUGCUCCCAGCACCAGGUCGACAGCCGUCUGCUAAUGCUGCUUUGUGUGAUAUAAUGAACCUUUGGCUCAUCUCAAAUCCCUGGGCACUCAGUCUAGUUAAUGUGUUGUCACCAUGUACGGUAGAGAACUAGUCAAAUUAACCAUGUGAUGUUAACUAUUAUUAAUAAAUUUUAACAUUUUU